AUGGUUGGGGAGAGGCAGGACCUCCUCGCUCCAUGUACCCCUCAGACCCUGCAGAGAGGAGGAGAGGAAGAGGAUGAGUGGAGAGCGGAUGGGUCUGACCUGCCUGGACCGAGACAGAGAGGCCUACAUCAGGAAUCGGCCACUCAGCCCUUCACCAGAACCUCGCCCCAGGUUUUUUCUGCAGCCAUGCCAGGGUCUCUACAGCCUGUGCUGCCUCUGCCUCAGGACCCGUCUACCCAGCUGGUGGUGCUACCCACAGAGCCUGCUGCCCACCCUGUCACACAUCACCUGGAUGUGAUGGAGCAGCCUGGGCUGUGGCCCCCAGUGUACGGAGCCCGAGGGCCCUCCUCCCACAUACACCCACAACACCCCGCUGUGUACUCCCGCUCGCAGUUUCUACGGCAACAGGAGCUGUACGCUCUCCGCAGCAUCAACAUCAACAGCAACAGAGUCACCAACACCCCAGCUCACAACCCCAGUCACACCCAGCCACAGCCGCAGCAGCCACAGCCCCAGCCACAGCCCCAGCCCCAGCAGCACCACAGGGCAGCACAGACCAUGGAGCUUCAACACAGACCCAACCACGGCCAGGUGCAGAAGAGACCAGAGUCAGUGGAGCUGGAGGAGCUGCUCUCUGAGCCACCAGGAUCUAAACCUUCCAAACCCUACUCCUCCUACCACAGAAACACCCCCACCCAGGGGCCUGCACUGCUCACCUGUCCCCCUGCUGCCAGUCCCAGUCCCCUACCCUGCGCCCCCACCCUAAGAGCACCCCAUCCACCCCCUGCCCCGCCCCUAGCCCUGCAGCCGCCGCCCUCGGUCUCCGGAAAUCAGUCCCGCCCCCACAGCUGCCAAAAGGGGCGGAGACCCAGGACAAGAGAGGAGAGGGACAGCCCCUGCAGGAUUACCCACAAUCCCUGGAGCCUGACUUGCCUCCUGGAUACACCUACCCUGCCAUCGCCAUGGGUUACAGGAGCUGCACAUCGCCCCCACGAUGUCCGAUUGGCCGAGCCAGCUGACCUGGAGGCGGUUCAGGCGGAGCCUGCUGAGAAUGCUCCCCAGCCUCUCUCCAGCCUAGGGGCGGAGCUAGAGUGUCAGGCCAUGGUGAGGCCCCUCCCACACCAGGACGUGGAGGAGGAAGAGGAGGGGCAAAAGGAAGAGGAGGUGCAGAGAGAGGAGGUGGAAGCCAGAGAAGCAGCAGGCAGCUGUGGACCUCCAGAUCAGGAGCAUAGGGAGGAGCAGGAGGAGGAGGUGUCAGUGUGUCCUCCUACGGAGAGCCGUGUGUGUGACACCGCCUCCUGUCCCAUCCCUAUCCCCCUCUCUGAGGAGGAGAACCACAGAGAUGACCCCACCUCCACCCUGGAGGAGCAGGAGGAGGAAAAGUGCAAGGUGGAGAGAGGACAGCAGCAGGAGGUGGCAGGAGAACAGGAGGAGCAGGACUCCACCAUCAUCGACCUGGACCCUCCCUGCACUGCCCAACCCCACCAGGAGGCAAAUACUGAGGAGGAAGAGGAGGGAGGAGAGGAGGAGAGUACUCCUAAUGAUGACAACCACUCAGUAGAGUUGGUGUGCCUCUCCCCUCCUCUCCCUCUCCUUUACUGGAGCCUAGAGCUGCUGAUCGCUGCAGCCUUCUGUGCCGACGUCCCUCCGUUUCCCAUGCUGGCCUCCAGCACCCUCCAGCCCCAGGCCUGUGACACCCAUCCCUGCCCCAGCCACCCCCACCACGGCAUGGAGCUGCUCAGCGAGCUGGCCGACCUGGAGCUCCAACAGCACCGACACAACACAGGAGACAGCCAAGUCUCCCCAGAGAUCUCUUUCUACCAGCAGUAG